UCUAGUAAAGUUAAAAUUUAAUAAAUAAAUAACACUGACACAUACUAUUAUCAAAGUGGUAUGAAUUUAGGUAUCGUACAAAUUUAUAUACACACCUAGUUAAUAACUGUAACGCAGUCGUCCAACCGCCCACGGCUAAUUGAUUUUUCUUGACCAACUUUGGAAAAUUAACGCCCGUUCGCUUAAUCUGUGGACCCAUCCUAUUUUAACGGUUGGUGUGUUAAUUUUUUCAAGGUUCGAAAUCAUUGUAUACUGACCCUAUAAUCACCACAUGACCUUUUUUUGUGCUUUGGCCUCACUCAAAUAGUAUCACGAAUCACUUUCCGAUAGGUCAUCCAUCCUUUUACUACUUUAGCCCAACACGCUUAACCUUGGAGUUAUAAACGGAUGUAUGACGGAAAAAAUAAGUCAACUAUAGUAACAUAGAUACUCAAAUCAAUUCUUUUAAGUCUUUUCUAUAUAUCACAACUCGGGAUGUUACAAUAACAUUAAAACAGCUAUUGAAUUUUGUGAAGUGUGUUGUUCGGUUCAACUCUAGCCGGAGGCAAAUGGAGAAUAGUGGUGAUUUUGCUGUCUUUUGGAGUCUUUUUGAGUGCACAAUUACACAAACACUUCAGAUGUUUAGCUAUGGAUGGAGACCUUUUCACCGUUAGAUUGAGCUCAUCUUUUUACACAAUGCUACCGGUCUGAGGUCAAUCAGCAUCAUGUGGCAGAAGUUAUGCCCAUUUUACUAAAGAGUGGUCAGCCUGUCUUGCGAGAGGAAGUUGUCGAGGAGAUGAAGGACUGUUGAUCGACGGUGCACCCUUGCCAUCGAUCGACGGUGAUGCCAGAACGUGGACCAAACAUAUUUCAAGACCAACUGAAGCCAUAAGCCACCCAAAGUUACCAAAAUACUCAUGGACGACCAGAAAUCCUAUUUAUGUAUUUCUAAAUCAUUAUUGACGGCUACACGCUAUCUAUUAUCCUAUUAUAUUGUUUUCUCUUAUGUUUGGAGAGAAGAUUAAUUCUCCUUCAGAGAUUGAUUGGAACUCCAUUGGGUUUACCAUUGAUUUCUUAUCUAUUAUAUUAUUCAGACUAUGAUUUGUGUUAUUGAUUCUAUGCAUAAGUAAUCAUCUUAUUAGGUUUAGGUAUUUCGUGAGCUUAAUGUCAAACUUAUAAUCAAUUAGGAUUGCUAGAUUAUCUAUAGAUCUCUACACCAGGAUGAUUUGUAACACUAGGAUCUGGAAUAGUUAGAAUAGAACGACAGUGUGACUAAUUGUUUGAACCUAGAAUAAGAUAGUUGAGAGGCACAAAAGUGCAAUCAACUAACGGAACAUGAACUCUGUUGGAUUAGAUACCUAGGCGCGUACGAGAGUUGGUCUAGGAAUCUAACUGAACUUAAUCGAUUAGGUCGUUAAUGCUUGUUUGAGAAAGCAUCGAUCAACGCUCAGGCCAUAGCAUCGAUCGAUGCUCACUCCAAGUCAAUAAGCGACAGCUGAGACUGGACUUAAAAAUCUGAUUAGCAAUUGCAUGCGAAAGCUGGAUUGCUUACUUAUUAAAAUCGAGUUCUAGAAUUGAAUCUAUAAACCAUUAGCAUCCUUGAAUUGUAGUUUUGAAUCUCUUGAUUGAUAAAUCUCUAGGUCUAGCUAUUUCUCCUAAUUGUUUACAACCUCAAUCAACCAAUCGAACAACUACUUUGUUCACCUUUCUUUCAUUCAUUUACUGCUUUAUAAACAGUUUGCCUAGCUUAAUAUUGCUUUCUAUAGUCUAUUGUGUGCCCUAGCUCUCUGUGGAUUUGUUCCCUAAGAGCUACAAUUGAACCUCUUAUUUGAGUAAAAUCACUCCUUAGGGUAAUUUGAGUGAUAUCAAAUUUGGUGCUUUUGCCGGGGAGCAAGGAUUUGCCAAUAGACUUGAUUAAUAGGUUUAGUCUAGGUUUUAUUUCCUCUCAUUGUUAAUUACAUAAAAAAAUUUUUUGUCUUUCAGGUACAUGCCUAUCAGUACCAUAAGCAGCAAGGAGGAAUUACUUUUCUUCUCAGACCCAACAAGUUUGGAACGCUCAAUCCGCAAAGAGAAACACACAUCAUCGAUCGACACUACCUCUACUACGUCGAUCGACACCACCUUUACUACGUCGAUUGACACCACCUCUACGACGUCAAUCGACACUUCUGACAGAGCAACGAUUGACAGUUCAACUCGAACAUCGAUUGAUACCAAUCCGCGAGCAGACAUUGUUGUAUCACUUAUGCUACAGAGGGAUGAGAAUGGAGACUUGCAUGACCCUGGAGGUCAUCAGUGUAAUGCAGCAGGUCAGAAGAUAGAUGGACAAGGGACUGCAAUCCUUGAGCCAUUUGCUGCCCCCGAGGAUGCUAAAGUUCCUCUUCAGAGAUCGUUAGUAGAUUUGAUCAGGUUCUACACCAACAGGUCUGCGAUUCGACCUCUAAAAAUCCAGGGAUUUCAAAUACACCUCACACACUUCUCUCAUGUGGGUCGGCACCCUUAUCGUGGUCUUCCUGAUGAAAAUCCUUUGGAUCAUAUUGAGACACUCGAAGACUUUGUGUCUGGCAUCCAGGAGGAUGAAGCAACCAAAGACUACAUCAUCUGCAAGCUGUUCAGAUAUCACUACAAGAAAACAGCGGUAUUCUGACGGACGUUCCGACGGAAAAUGAAUUCCUCGGAAUAUACCGAGGAAUUUCCGAGGCAAUUCCGAGGAAACACAAAAUUUGGCUUCCUCGGAAUUUCCUCGGAAUAUUCCGACGGAAUUCCCUCGGAAU